AUGCUUCACCAUAACAACCGGACCUGCGCCCUCUCCUCCCGCAGGACACGCUCCACCAGGCGGCGACAAAGUGCAGGUCUCCAGCCUGUCUUUAUGGUCCGAAAGACACACACAUGCACAAACAGGACCUAUACAUGCACAAAGUGCAGAGAUGUCAGAGUGAGGGGGCUGCCUUGCUCAAGGGCACCUCUGCAGUGCCCAGGAGGUGAACUGGCACCUCUCCAGCCACCAGUCCACGCUCCAUAUUUGGUCCGGACGGGGACUCGAACAGGCGACCCUCUGGUUCCCAACCCAAGUCCCUAUGGGCUAAGCUACUGCCGCCCCAUCCCAAGUUUCAGGAUGCAUCCCAGGGGCAGUUUAAGAGGGAUUUGUCUGGACACAAUCGGCCCAUGUGAACAGCCUUGUCCUGGAUGCCAUCCUAUUCAUAUGGCUUCCCAUUCUUCUCAUGCAUGGCUCACUAAUCCAGGCAAAACCUAUUAACUGGCACUCCGGCAGACAGGAAGAGAUAGAUGGGCAGUUUGUAUUUAAAUCAGUGUGUUUCUGCACUGAGCACUUCUUUAUGAAAGGGCAUGUAAAUUGGGUCUAAAUGUGUAUGUUGGGUGAGAGGGCUUGCCUGUACAUGUUUAACUGUCCAGUUCACUGAAAGAAAUAAAAAAUGUAUUGACAUCUAACGCCAUUAAAUUCACUUUUUGACCAGAGAAUGUUCUCCACGUUAUCUCUGGAGGCCUGUUGAUUGUCAAAGUGAGUCAAGCCUCUUGCUGAAUUUUGGGUGAAACCACUAGAGGGGGACAAACUUUCCAACCAUGCAACCAAAGAAGAAAAUCACUAAUUGCAGCAGGUGAAGGAGGUUUGUUGCUCAUCAUGGUGGGGAGGCCAUCUGAACUGGAAAACAAGGUCAAACAUUUUGAGUUUCACUGCAAAAAUUACACAAGCUGCAGAUCUUUAUGAGUCAGCCUGGAGCCAGCAGUCUGCCAGAAGUUAAGGACCGAUUCUUUGACCUCCCUCCCCCUCUCCGUGCUCCUGUCCGAACGUGCGGGCCGAUCUUCCCCCCGGCCUGAUCAGCAUGACAAAGCACUGGCCGGAGCAGAUCCUCUUGGCACCACUCGCUCUGUCCCACCUUGGAGAACACCACGGCCAUCAACUUGACUUCCACAGAAAUGCGCAGCAGAGUUUUCCUCCCGGCGGUGUAGCGCGCAGCUCUCCAGCCCAACAUUGGCCUCGCCACCUGGAUCAGAUGGUUCCUCAGCAGUUGUCGCGCUUGGAGAAACCAGCAGUGCGCUCCGAACACCUCAACGGUGCCACGGCGUUCAUGGAUAAAGUUGCACCACCGGGCUCAGCGUACCCGACUCCUCAAGAUGCUCGCUGCAAACAGGAAAGUAUUACCCAGGACUCGUGGAGCAGUGAACGGGAGAAGAAUGGCACCAGCGGUGGGAAGAAAAAGAACUAUCAGCGGUAUCCAAAACCACCGUACUCAUACCUCGCAAUGAUUGCUAUGGUCAUCCAAAGAUCCCCAGAGAAGAAACUGACGUUGUCUGAGAUCCUCAAGGAGAUCAGCACUCUCUUCCCAUUCUUCAAAGGAAACUACAAGGGCUGGCGAGACUCUGUGCGACACAACCUCUCCUCUUAUGACUGCUUUGUGAAGGUGCUGAAGGACCCCGGGAAGCCUCAGGGCAAAGGCAACUUCUGGGCGGUGGAGCUGAGUCGUGUCCCUCUGGAGCUCCUCAAGAGGCAAAACACGGCCGUGUCACGCCAGGAUGAGACGAUCUUUGCCCAGGAUCUGGCUCCCUACAUUCUGCAGGGACACAAGCCAGAAUCUGAGCUGCCACCUGCCCCAGUCAACCCCCUCCCUGCCAUGCGCUCAACUAACCCCUCCCCACCACAGGAGGACUUGUUCCGGCCUAAGCUGGACUCAUCCUUCGCUAUCGACUCUCUGCUACACAGCUUGAGGCCACCUAGUGCAUCUGGGGAUGUGGAUGCGUCUACCAGGGACUGCUGGGGCAAGGUGGAGCGCCCUCGGCCUUCAUCUCCUCCACGACCACGCUACGCCUCCUCUGCCCGUAGUGCCUCAGCCAGCUCUGCCAGCCCGGCCUCCACCUCCUCCUCCUCUGAUGAGGAAUGGAAAGGGAUGUCACUGUCUGGGAAGCGUGUUCCUAUUGAUGGUGAAGCGGGGUCAGACAGUUUCGAGGACUACAGACCGCCACUGCACAAGUCAGCCCGACGAGAGACGGUCGCACCUCCAUGGGAGCUUCCUACCUCCUAUGCCAAAUACGCUCCCCCCAAUGCAGUCGCCCCACCCAGCAUGCGGUUCAACGGAGGUCCCCUGAUGCCGCUGCAUGGCGGACUCCCUCUUUACGGCUAUGGCAGCUCUCCUGUGGCACCUGGUCACUUUUUAGGUCAUGCCUAUUGGCCUAUCCUCCCAAGCGGACGAGUUUCUGUCCAAGCCCCUCCCCUCAUCAUGGACCUGGACAACAUGUUGCAAUCCGUGCCUCCAAACAAGAGUGUGUUUGACGUGUUGGUACCAACCAAUCAGAACUCUCACCAACAUCAUCAACCACCUGGUCAGUACACACUGCAGAAUGGGCCUCCCCUAAACAGGUAUCCUCAAUACUGACUCUGAAAUACUGUCUUCCUCAUACUGACUUUCAAAAAUGCACAGAUGCUAACAAAGGCGUCACUUCUCUACUGCAACGUCUCCAAAAUCAAGUCUCAAUCACCACCUCUGGCUCAAGAUGUGCUGACUGUUUCUAAAGCAAAAAGGGUGCUGAACCACAGACGAUGCAAUUGACAGAUUUUUACCAACAUGAAAACUUUUUUUUAACUUUUUUUAUGUCUGAGAUUUUCAAAAGCAAACUCCCUCAUGUUUCUCAUCGACGUGAGGACAAAUGUACCACAAACAGCUAUACAACAAAACAAAUACCUACCUCAAGCUUUCAAUGAAAAGUUCUGUGUCAUCGCUGCAGGCUCUUUGAGUCUUAUUUGCACUGUUUUUAUUGGCACAAAUUUGCUUUUCUACACAAACUGCCUUUGCAUGUUGUCUACGAAAUGUGACUGCUGAAUGUAUUGUUGGAUUCAAUCUUGAAUUCAACAUUUGUGAAACCUAAUGGCAACGAGCUGGACUGUUGGCGACAUAUACAGUAAAUGUGAGCUGUGAAGUAUCCCACCAGCAUUUUAAACUUCAGUGAGAACAUGUUUUCUCCUUUGUCAGGGUGUGUCUGUGUGCACAUCAAUGUGUACACACACUUGUGUCAUUUGUGAGUUUAGGUCUGUUUGUUCAGAUGGUGAAAUGUACAGGACCAGCUGUUUACUGUAUGUUCUUCCUGUCUUGAAUUUCACUACGUCUGGACUGUCUUCAUUGCUCCUAUGCAGCUACAAUAUCUUAUUAACCUGAUAAACUAUGAAACCACAACGUGGCCCUAUAACUGUCUUUGUCAUUUUAGUGUUUGUUUUUACAUUACAAAAAUCUUAAGCUAAGAAGAUGGGCCACAUUUUAGAUUUAGCUGCAUGUUCUCAGGACACUAGCGACAAUCAGCCACUUUACUACCACCCACAUCUACCUCAGGUUUUUAAUGGGCUGGGACAUGUUUCCUGUGGACUUUGCACUGCCGGCUGUUUGCACUAUUUUGAUGUCAUUAUGAUCAUCCUCCUGUGGAAAUUGCUUAUAAAUGUCUGCCAACCUCGACAGGUGAAUGUUUUUGUUUUUAUGCCAUUUUCCUGUGGUCUUGUUAAAGCUUUGUACAGUGCUGAGCUGAAGUAUCAACGUAUCAAAAGAAGGUUAUGGAGCUGAACAGGGUAUGUUAAUAAAAUGCUGUUUAUUUUAACCGUGCUGCUCACUGUUGUAUAUGGGAAUAAGUUUACUAAAACUGCACAUCUCAAACAGCUUUAUGGUCUUUUUACAGUGUCCAUUUUUCUACAUUAUCACUUUCUUAUGUAUAGAUCACUCACUUAUAAUAUGUUUGCUCAGAUGGCUGUUAAGUCCUGGUUGGUUGUGUGAUCUUCUCUCUUUAAAGGUGUUUUUUAUCCCUUGCUUAAUACCAAACUUUGAAUUCUCAUGGCAGCUACAUGGGAGAGGUAUUUUUUUAUUUCAAACCCUUCAAAUGUAACUGUUUAAAAUAUAAGAAAUGCAUGAGAAAUAUACAAUAUAAUGUAAAAACUCUGUUCGUUAUCUUUGCUCUACAUUCGUCUGGUGCCUAAAAUGUAAAGAAGCAAUACUACAAUGUACAAAUACUCUCGGACAAGUAAAAACAAAACAAAACCAUAGCAGGUAUUUUAAGUUAGAUGUACUUUAAGAAUCAAAAGUAAAAGAAUGAAAGCAAAAUUAAUAUUGUUGUUGGAUUAAUGUGUGAGUGGCAUUUUACUGUUGUAGCUGAUUGUGGUGGCUUAUUUUUUAUUUUAUUUUAUUUUAAAUCAUCUCAUGAAUAUUUGUCAAGUAACUAGUAAUUCCAGCUUUAGAUUUAUUUAUCUGGCUCAUUUUCUAUUAGUUUUCCCUCUGAAAUGUAGUGAAAUAAAAGUCUAAAGUAACAAGUUAAUUUGA